AAUUAAGCAGGACACAGGUGCUUCUGAUACUGACAAUGAACAUCGCUGCUGUAUUGCGUGUCGGUGUUAUGCUAGAACCUACUUUUAUCCAUGCAUUCCAUAUUGCGGAUUUUUAUCUCAACUGAUACCAGAUGAAUGUCUCGAGGAACGUCUCAUCGGAGGAGUUGGAGUUGCCGGUUGGGCUUGAGAGAUCGCUGUUCAUGGCAGUCCUGAGUGUUGAAAUGAUAAUGGGGGUUGUGGGUAACAUACUCGUUCUCCUAGCAAAAUUCAAGUGCAGGGGCCAGUUCCUGUGUAGAUGUUGGGUCCCAUUAGUCAGUUUGUCCCUCUCUGACCUUGGCUCCGCCCUGCUCAUCAUCUCCGGAUCCCUGUUUGCUGUUGUGACGGGGGGUCAGAGGUCGCCAUGGUGUGAGAUCGUCAGCCUGCUCAAAUUUGCUUUCAUCACUUCCUCCAUUGGCAGCCUGGCAAUCCUGUGUCUCCAAAGAACCAUGCGUGUGGCCUCCACAGGAAGCUGUCUAUCUGUUGUCAUGGCAGUGGCUUCCCUGACUUCCUGGGUGACAGGGGUGGUGGUGGGCAGUGUGCCUGUGGUGUAUGACUGGAUCAGGUAUGACCCGGCUGAAAUGCUCUGUGCCGUCUUCUGGGAGAGCAGCUACUCCGACAUGCUGGUGUACAUUCUGUGCUCCUUCUCAGUCUGCGUCUUCCUCCCAUUCCUGCUGAUCGUCUUCUGCUCCAUCCUGACAUCUGCUGGCCUGGGGUGGAACUGCAGCAACGACCUGUCCUCAGUCACCCCUCUGUUGGUGGGGUUCUACCUGCUCUGCUACACCCCGUUUUUCAUCUCCGAGCUGGUGCUGCUGGGGAGGCUGGACCUAUCACCGGCUCCUGAUUGGCUACGCACAAUGUCAUCCAUGAUGGCUUACCUGGACUGUGGGCUGAACCCGCUCAUCUACUGCACCAAUCAGGAGUUCCGACAGGCCGUGCUGGGCCUGCUGUGGACCUAUCGGAAGUCAUCCAGCGAACCGGUUCUGACAGCAGUGACAAAGCUGGAGUUAUGAGCGGUGUACAGGGGGUACUUCACCAAGCAUGAUUACUGAGUUAGCUGGAUAACUGCACUGAGUAAAACCCACAGAGCAGGAUUACUGAG